CCUACCAUGCCUGCUAAAAGAGCCACGUCUUCGGGAGGUGGCUGGUCUCAGGUCUCUCCCUAGCGACUGAUGAUGUUACACCCGACCCUUCUGUGAUUGGUCGAGCCAAAAUGAAAAAGCCACCUAUUGGAAGUGAGCAGGCGCAACAUACUCUGGGCGGGGAGUUUAGGAAGCCGGGCCAGAUUGUUGUUAGUAGAUGGUGGUGCGAAGAGAUGGUUCUAGAGCGGAGGCUAGGAACUGCGCUGCCACCGCUGCUGCUCCACCUACUGUGGCUGCUACCCCUCUCCUGGACCGCAUCUGGAGCUCUGACUCCAGUGUGGCGGCAUGAGCUGCAAAACCACACGUUCAUGCACACGAUGUUCUGCCAGAACGCGACUCCCAUGUUUGGGCUCUCCGAGACCUACGAUGGGGACUAUCUCUUCUCCUUCGACUUUUCCCAGAAAACUCGAGUGCCUCGCCUGCCUGAAUUCGCUGCCUGGGCUCAGGAGUCUGAUGAUAUUUCCAACAUUUUAUUUGACAAAGAGUUCUGCUCAUUUUUGACAAAGAAAGUAGGCCCAUACUUUGAAGGACAAAUCCCAGUGUCUAGAGGGAUCCCUGUUGCUGAGUUGUUCACACUGAAGCCCCUGGAGUUUGGCAAGCCCAACACACUGGUCUGUUAUGUCAGUAAUCUCUUCCCACCCACGCUGACGGUGAACUGGCAGCAUAACUUGGGCCCUGUGGAGGGAACAGGGCCCACUUUCAUCUCAGCUGUUGAUGGACUCAGCUUCCAGGCCUUUUCUUACUUAAACUUUACACCAGAAGCCUCUGACCUCUAUGCCUGCUUUGUGACUCAUGAGAUUGACGGCUACACAGCAAUUGCCUAUUGGGUACCUGGAAAUGCGUUGCCCUCAGAUCUUCUGGAGAAUGUGCUGUGUGGGAUAGCCUUUGCCUUGGGUGUGCUUGGCAUCAUGGUCGGCUUAAUCCUCAUCACCUACUCCCAAAGGCCUUGCUCUGGUGGCUGAUUCUUCCUACCAGAAUCUGAGGCCAACAGUUCUGACCAUCCAAGCACGAGGUGCUCAGAUUUCUCCCGUCAGUCCAGGAUCUUGCCUUCUCAGAGCGGAAGUUCCUAGGAUGUGUGUGUGUGUGUGUGUGUGUACAUGUUUCUCAGCUGGGGGCUCUGCUGUGCCUGGACUUGCAUUCAGGGGAACCAAGAGUGACCAUCCUCUCACAAUCACAUGCCUUCCUGUUUUAAGACAAUAAAUCUGAUU